AUUUGUAUUGGAAUGGGAUUGUGAAAAAUAGAGAUGAUACAGAAUUUGUCACUGACUGCAGACCAAAUAGAGAUCUUGUACUUCCGCGAAGUCGCAAACUCUGACGAAAUUUUGGAUUGCAUUCGCCAACGGAACUUUCCAGCAGCAGUUCUCGACGGCAAUACGUUCUUGAAUAUUUUUCAGUUUUUGGUUGCAGCACAAAUAGCCACGCUUAAUGCAUUUCGUGGAAAAUUAGUGACUCUUGACGUAUUUUCAGAGAUAGUCUUUUGCCUUUCAGCAGGAAAGAACGUCCGAGAAGCAUUUUCAACGUUUGGCUUUCAGAGCUCUUCAAAGAGUGCUGUCGUUGUUUUGGUGAACCCUGAUCCGAACACAAAGGAGUUUAUUCUGAAAAAGUUUGUUUGUGCAGAAGUUUUAGAAACCAACGAAGAUAUGGCAAAGUAUUGUAACGAACAACAUUUAAUGCAGCUAUAUCAAAUAGAACUGCAAGAACUUAAUGAAAGCACGCUGCUGGACGCAAUCAUUACAAGAAUUGCAGCAAGGGUUGCUUUAUAAGAUAUUAAAUUUUCAACCGAUAAAUUAUCGUUACUCUGAACAAUCCUUAGAUUGCGUGAAUAAUUGCCAGUCUGCUGCUGAAAUUUCGUUUUAUCUGUUAGAAUAAUAUAAUCUUAAUAACAUCUAGAAUAUAGCUUUAUUAAAAAAUUCUUUAAAAAUUUAAAUAAAUUUUCCUUUCGAGUAGACAUAGCUAUUGCUUUCAAUAAUGACAAAAAUAUUUUAUGUUUCGGUUUUUUUAAAUUUUGAUAUUAAAAUUUUAAAGUAUUUUCAAUUAAAAACAUUUGCGAUUGUUUCUUUGUCAUGUUUCCGAUAAUAAAUUAUCAUUGUUUUUU